GCCCCAAGCGCCCCGCCUACCAGGUCUCUCCGGCGGCCGCUCCCGCCCGGCCGGGACCCCGGAGUCGCAGGCCCAGGCCGGCCGUUGCACCGUUAAGCCGGGUCGGUGACGCCGAGCACUUACGUCGCGCCAGUGAGCGGCAGAGGCCGAGCGGCCGCCCCUUGGGCUACGAGACGUAGGCUGCGACCCCUUCUCGGGCCUGGGCUCUUCCCUCGCGGCCCGGGCCGCCUAGACCUGCCGCGGCGAGGGAGACGUUAUCUCAUCCCUCAAGAUUGCUCGCUGCAAACACAACGCUGAGAAAUGGCCCAAGUAAAGUAUGAUCAGGGUCUUGCAACUUGGCACAUCGCAAGAACGUGCAGGGACGCUAAUGGUAAAUCACUUCUCCAAACAACAGGCACUGGUGGCAUCUCAAGAGUCUCCACUGGUCCUAGGAGUUGCUCACAGCCCAGUGGGAGAGGAGGUGCUCUGUGUGCCCGUGGGAAAACCAUACGGAGGAAUUCUGCUGGUGGUGUUGGAGCCAAUUCUCAAAUGAUGAGGAGUCCUUGACGUGAUUAAGUGACAAUUGAGAAGAAUUGGGAAUGAAACGAUGUACUAAGGAAAGAUGUGACAGGAUCCUUAACUUCUGUGCCUGAAAAAUUAUAAAAUUAUUAUGAGAAUUGCAAGAGUUAAUCCUCUCAAGGAUUUAUCUCGGUCCUGGCACAUGUUCCCCGUCUCUGAGCUUCUCCCUGGGGCCUACAAAAUGCAUCUUGCUGGAGUCCUGGGAGAGCACUGAAUAAAUAUAAAGCGAUAAUGAGAAGGCUCUGGGCCACCUGGGAGAUGGUAAAUACAGCCAAGAGGCCCGGUAGGACCUGAAUGCCUGCCCAGGGAUCUCAGCAUUGGUUUCCGGACCCAGAGAGCCAGGAUUACCUGUGGAAGCAGCUCACAGGCUGGAUGACUUUUUGCUCCAAGCAUUGAAGCAUCAGUUAACAACAGUUCUUCCCAAAUAAAGGAAAAUGGCAGAUGGCAUUAUUGGCAGGAUUCUAACAGAAUCCGUGGACACUCUGGACUCAUUCUCUGGGACUCAGCACUUAAUACCAGAAUGAACCCGUUGUGUUUGGACUGACUCUGGAGGAACCACUGAGCAUACAGGCUCAGGACAGGAAGCACUCCAUGGUAUGCAGCAAGCACACAACAAACAUCCCGGACCUGUCUGCAUCACCCUGUGACUCAUCACCUGCACGAGUGCUGUUCAGGUAGAGGCUGGAGCAGUAAGGAGCAUGCCUGGCUCUCAAGGCACGUGGAGAGCACCAGCGCACGAGCGCCUGAAAGUGCACGGCUGCUCCCAGGCUGAGGGUGCUUGAUACGCCCCCGAAUCCCCUCCUGUAUGAUGCCCCAGCCCAGAAGAGAUAAAAGCAUCAGCACCAAGAGAUUCACCUGCCUCCUGUCAUUAGGAGCUGCUGCAUCUGACCCAAGCUGGCCUGGAGAAGGGAGGAAGAGGCAAGAGUUGAGAAUUAUGGCUGCCGGAAAAUUUGCAAGCCUUCCCAGAAACAUGCCGGUGAAUCACCAGUUCCCCCUGGCCUCGUCCAUGGACCUUCUGAGCAGCAAGUCCUCUCUCACUGAGCAUCGCACAGAUGCCUAUCAAGACGUGUCUAUACACAGCACCCUUCCACGGAAGAAAAAAGGUCCUCCUCCCAUAAGGUCCUGUGAUGACUUCAGUCACAUGGGCACCCUCCCCCAUUCCAAAUCCCCACGGCAGAACUCGCCUCUGACCCAGGACGGCAUCCAGGAGAGCCCACGGCAGGACCGGCAAGGCGAAACCUUCACCUUCAGAGAUCCACAUCUUCUGGACCCAACUCUGGAAUAUGUGAAGUUCUCCAAGGAGAGGCACAUGAUGGACAGGACCCCUGAGAGGCUGAAGAAGGAGUUGGAGGAGGAGCUGCUGCUGAGCAGCGAGGACCUGCGCAGCCACGCCUGGUACCACGGCCGCAUUCCCCGACAGGUGUCUGAAAACCUUGUGCAGCGAGAUGGCGACUUCCUAGUUCGUGACUCUCUGUCCAGCCCUGGAAACUUUGUCCUAACCUGUCAGUGGAAGAACCUCGCUCAGCACUUCAAAAUCAACCGGACAGUUCUGCGGCUCAGCGAGGCGUACAGCCGCGUGCAGUACCAGUUCGAGAUGGAGAGCUUCGACUCCAUCCCCGGCCUGGUGCGCUGCUAUGUGGGCAACCGCCGGCCCAUCUCCCAGCAGAGUGGUGCCAUCAUCUUCCAGCCCAUCAAUAGGACGGUGCCCCUGCGGUGCCUGGAGGAGCGUUAUGGCACUUCCCCAGGCCGGGCCCGGGAGGGCAGCCUCACCGAGGGAUGGCCGGACGUGGCCAAGAGGCUGAGCCUCACCAUGGGUGGUGUCCAGACCCGAGAGCAGAAUUUGCCCAGGGGAAACCUCCUCAGAAACAAAGAAAAGAGUGGUAGCCAGCCAGCCUGUCUGGAUCACAUGCAGGACAGAAGAGCCUUGUCCCUCAAAGCCCACCAGUCAGAGAGUUACCUGCCGAUUGGCUACAAGCUGCCACCUCAGUCCUCGGGUGUGGACACAAGCCCCUGCCCAAACUCACCCGUGUUCAGGACAGGAAGCGAGCCCACCCUGAGCCCAGCAGUGGUUCGGAGGGUCUCCUCGGACGCCAGGGCUGGGGAGGCACUGAGGGGAUCAGACAGCCAGCUGUGCCCUAAGCCGCCCCCUAAGCCCUGCAAGGUGCCCCUCCUCAAGGCUCCCUCAUCUCCUUCCGCCUGGCUCAACUCAGAGGCCAACUACUGUGAACUGAACCCAGCAUUUGCCACAGGCUGCGGCAGGGCAGCUAAGCUUCCCUCAUGUGCCCAGGGCAGCCGCACAGAACUGCUCACAGCCAAGCAGAAUGGGGCGCCAGGUCCCCGGAACUCUGGCAUCAACUACUUGAUCCUUGAUGAUGAUGACAGGGAAAGACCUUGGGAACGUGUGGCAGCUCAGAUGGAGGAGGGGCAGCGGGACAAGGGCGAGUUUGUGACACCCCUCCUGGAGACUGUCUCCUCCUUCAGGCCCAAUGACUUUGAGUCAAAGCUCCUUCCCCCUGAGAAUAAGCCCCUGGAAACAGCGAUGCUGAAACGUGCGAAAGAAGUGUUCACCAACAGUGACCCCAAGAUCAUCGCCCAGCACAUACUGAGCGUGGACUGCAAGGUUGCUAGGAUACUUGAAGUCUCUGAAGAGACGAAGAGGAACAUGGGGGUGAGCUCAGGCCUGGAACUCAUUACCUUGCCUCACGGACACCAGCUGCGCCUGGACAUAAUUGAAAGACACAACACGAUGGCCAUGGGCAUCGCAGUGGACAUUCUGGGCUGCACGGGCAGCUUGGAUGACCGAGCAGCCACUCUCAGUAAGAUCAUCCAGGUGGCGGUGGAACUGAAGGAUUCCAUGGGGGACCUCUAUUCCUUCUCAGCUCUCAUGAAGGCCCUGGAAAUGCCACAGAUCACAAGGUUAGAAAAGACGUGGACUGCCCUGCGGCACCAGUACACCCAAACGGCCAUCCUCUAUGAGAAACAGCUGAAGCCCUUCAGCAAAAUCCUGCAUGAAGGCAGAGAGUCCACAUGUGUUCCCCCAAGCAAUGUAUCAGUCCCACUGCUGAUGCCCCUUGUGACCUUAAUGGAGCGUCAGGCUGUUACUUUUGAAGGAACCGACAUGUGGGAAAAAAACGACCAAAGCUGUGAAAUCAUGCUGAACCAUUUGGCAAUGGCACGAUUCAUGGCCCAGGCUGCGGACAGCUACCGGAUGAAUGCUGGGAGGAACCUGGCAGGUUUUCAACCAGAUGAAGAAAUGAACGAAAUCUGCAAGACUGAAUUUCAAAUGCGAUUGCUAUGGGGCAGCAAAGGUGCACAAGUCAAUCAGACAGAGAGAUACGAGAAAUUCAACCAGAUUUUAACUGCCCUCUCACGUAAAUUGGAACCUCCUCCUGUAAAGCAGGCAGAGCUUUGAUAACUCUCCAGAGAAUCUUCAGAAUAUCUUUUCAAGUUUCCCCAGCUGCUGCUUUGGGAGAGCUUAACCAUUUGAUAAAGUAAUAAAGUGCAAACCUGACAAUAUACAAGCUUUUAGUAUCCACAGGAUAUUAAACGUGUAAACUGCACAGAGCACACUUAUUUAUGAAUUGUCUAAAAUUACUACUGAUUUUAAAAUGAAUAAUUUAUUAUUAAGGUAACUACUGCUAAUGUUGAUCAGCACAUUCAAGAGAAGACCUAGCUAUGUUGGCUGGUUGCUUUCUAUUAUCAUGGUAUUUGACGAUUUUAGUUUUAAUUCCAUGUCAGAUAAGUGUAAAUAGAAGUUUAAAAGCAUGAAACAUUUCAGAAGGUAUCAGUUAUAUGAUAUUCUUUAAAUGAGAAAAAUGUAAAUAGUCAUGAAUGAAAAUAUAUCUUUUUGUGAAA